UGUAUUUUUUUUAAUUUCUUUUUUUUUUUUUUUACGAUAUUGGACCAAACGCGAACACAACUAAAGAAUCUAAUACGUUUCAGCUACAAAUAAAAAAAAGAAAAAAAUAUAAUUAAAAAAAAAAACAGUGAAAUAAUAAAUAUUAAUUUUCCUAUUCAGUAUUAGAAGCCAAGUUGGUGUGUUUUAAAGCAUUGCUCCAUAAUUUAUAACUCUCUUCUUCUUUUUCUUUUUUUUUUGAGUAUAAAGAGAGUCAGAGAGAGAAAAAGAGAUAAAAGAUUAAAUAAUAAUAACAAUAAUAAUUACUGGUGGUUUUUGUGAACAUUAUUAUAAAUAAACUAGUUAACUGGCUACUUCAUUGUGAGGUCCAAUUAAAUUUUUAAAUAAACAAAUUAACAAUAUUGUAAAAAUGUUUUGGACAAACAUUUAUACAUUGUCGCCACAUAUUGAGGCAUUACUCAACAGAGAGGAUGUUACACUCUACGAAUUGUUGGACCAAGAAGAAAUUGUUGCUGAAUGUAAAAGUCAAAAUAAAAAAUUGGUUGAAUUCUUGACAAGACCUGAAAUAAUUGAAGAAUUAGUUAUGUUAACUAUUAGAGAACCUUCUGAAGAUAUUGAUGAACGUUCACGUUUUAAAUAUCCAAAUAUUGCUUGUGAAUUACUCACUUGUAAUGUACCUACACUCAAUGAAAAACUUGCUGAAUCAGAAGCAUUGUUAACAAAAUUGUAUUCAUUUAUUGAUACUGAUGAAGAAUUAAAUCCUCUUUUGGCAUCAUUUUUCAGUAAAAUUAUUGGUGCACUUUUAAUUCGUAAAAGUGAUCAGAAUUGGUACUCUUAUCAAUUUGUUUGUUUACAAGUUUUAGAAUUUCUUAAAAAUCGUGAUAAAUGUGUUGAUCGUUUAUUGCAACAUUUAAAUACAUCAGCAAUAAUGGAUCUUAUAUUAAAAUUAAUAACAAAAAUUGAAGGUACUGAUAUGAUACAAAAUGUUAAAAAAUGGCUUGAUGAUAAAAUAAUUGUACAACAAUUGGUUAAAUUAUUAACACCAACAAAUGUCAAUGAAAGACAUACAAAUUCAUCUGAAUUACUUGCUAAUAUUAUUAAAUUAUCAAGAGAUAAUAGACUAUCAAUUGUUGAUCGUAUUGAACCUGAUCCAAUUCUCGAUACUCUAGAAUCGGAAGAAAUUGUAUUUCUAUUGUUGGAUACAAUAUUGGCUGAACCACAAACUGAAUCAAGUAUUGUUGGAGGAAUACAAGUUCUUCUUGUUCUUCUUGGUCAAGAAUCAACAAGCCAACAAACAUGUGACUUGCAAGGUAAUAAUUCUGGUGAUGAUACAAGUGAUGGUGUUGAUCGUGUAAAGAUACAAAAUGCAACUUUACAGUACCUGGAAAAAUUAAAUAAAUUACUAUUAGUACCACCACCAAAACCAUCAGUUAAAACAACUGCUGGUUUUUUAGAGUGUCCAUUAGGUAAUACACGUCUUCAUGUUGCCAGAUUAUUUACCGCCUUAUUAUCCAAUGAAAAUUUUAAUGUAUACAAAAAAUUACAAGAGCUUAAUACAUUUAAAAUAUUAUUGGAUUUAUUUUUUUUAUAUUCAUGGAAUAAUUUUUUACAUAUGCAAGUUGAACAAUGUUUGGCCUUACUUAUUAGUGAAAAUUGGGAAGAUGAUAAUGAAAAAAUUAUUCAUACGCACAUAUUUAUUGAUUGUAAAUUGAUUGAACGUAUUUUAGAAGCAUGGGAAAAUAAUGACAAUGAACAAAAAUUACACAAAGGUGUACGUCAAGGUUAUAUGGGACAUUUAAUUAGCAUAGCAAAUAAUAUUGUUAAACAAACUGAAAAAUCAGAAAAACUUGAUAAAUUUUUAAAAAAUAAUAUUGAUAAAUCAUGUUAUGAUAAAUGGAAUGAUCUUGUAAAUAAUCAACUUGCUGAAAUAAAUAAAACAAAUGAAAUUUUAUUGGGUGGUAAAGCACAAGCAUAUAUAACAUCAUCAGAAGAUAGUUCAGAAGAUUUUAAUUCAUAUCAACAAGAUUCAUAUGCUCAACAAAGUUAUGCAAAUUAUCAAGAACAACAAUUAACAUCACAAAUUAUUGAACAUUAUGGUUUUCAUGAUGAUGAAUUUAGUGAUGGUAAUGAUGCAUUACAACCAAGUAAUUCAGUUGAUCAGUUAAAUACAAUGCCAUUUUCAAUGAAUGAAGAAGAUCUUGUUAAACAAGAAGAUAUGUUUAAUAAAAUAUGUCAACAAAAACAAAAAUCUGGUAUUGAUGAAGGUGGUAUUGAAUGGGGUGAUGAAGGUGAAUUAACAUUUCAAACAGUUAUUGAUAAAAGAGAUUGGCCAUUUAAACAACAACAAAAUGAUUCAAUGUCAUCAGAUGAAGAUGAAGAAACAAAAGAUUUACAUAUGGAAAUUGAUACAACUGAUCCAUGGAAUAAUGAUGAAUUAUUACCUAAAAAUAAUAAUAAUUUAUUAUCAAAUAUUAAUCCAUGGGAUAUUGAAACAUCAACAUCUAUAAAUGACAAUGCUGAUUGGGCUAAUUUUGAUAAUUUUGAAAAUACAUUACCAAAUUUGGAUAAUAAUAAUCAACAAACAAAGAAUGUUAAUAUUGAUUUAAAUAAAGAUAAUAAAAAUAUUAAUGACAAUAAAUUAUCAUUUGAUAAUGAUGAUACAACAUUAACUAUUCAAUAUUCAAAUGAUGGUAAUAAUGAAAUUUUAAAUAAUGAUAUUGUUGUUACUGCAACAACGAGUAUUAAUGAAGCAACAAAAAUACAUGAUGAUAACUCUGAAAAACAUAACAAAAAUAUUGAUACAACAAUUGUUGAUGAUAAAAUUAUUGUUGCUGAUAUUGUUGAACAUAAAAUUGAUAAUAAAGUUGUUGAUCCAGUUAUUGCUGAAAAUAAAUCUGAUGUUAAAACAGAUGCCUUAUCAACUACAAGUGAAUUGGAAGCAAAAACAUCAGACAAUAGCAAAACUGAUGAUUCAUCAGUAAAGCCUUCAGCUUCACUCACAACUUUAUAAUCUAGAUGAAAAAUUGAAAAAAAAAAAAACAAAUCAUUGAUGCCACGUUAUGAAUUUAUGUAAAUUUUUAUUAGAAAAGAAAUAUUUUUUUUUUGUUUUUUUUUUACCAUAGAUUUUUCGUGAAUUCAGUGAUAAGUUACUUGAAUAAUUAAGUAAUGAAAAAAAAAGAAAAAAAAAAAAGUUCUCAAUGACAUUUCCAAUCAGAAUAUUUGAUUCGUUAAAUAUAUUGUAAAUCAUAUCAGAAGAAUGAAAAAAAAAAGGAAAUGAAAAUAUUUGAAUUUAUAUCCAACGAAUCUGUUUAACAAUUUUUUUUUCCUUUAAUUGUAUAUUUUAAAAAGAAAAUACGUAUAAAAACAAUUAUUUUGCAGGGUAAUAAUGUGCUUAAUGUUGAAGAGAAAUAUAUUAAAGCAAAGAAGAAAAAAAAAAAAGACUAAAAGUAACACGUAGUAGAAAAGAAAAAAAAAAAAAAAACAUUAAGAUUAUUCAGUUGUAAUAAUAAUAUAGAGUACAACCUUGUAUUUUUAUCAUUAUUUUUCAAACCCUUGUACAUUUGUUAAGCUUGUUUAAUCCAUUCCACCUGAACCAUAUAAAAAAUAAACAAAUUCGCUAGAAUUUUUAAAUCCUUUUUUUUUUUUUUUUCUUAUCGAUAGUAUUACUAAAUAUAUUAAUACAGUUUGUUGAUAAAAAAUCAGCUAAAAAUUAUUUACAAAAAAUGGAUGAAAAUAGUAAUUUUUCAUCAAUCUGAUGAUGUUAAACUGAAGAGAAGGAAAAUUUCAACUUUGAUUAUGAUCCACCUUAAAAUAAAAC